AAAGCUGCUUCUCUGUUUCCCCAGCCUAGCAACUGUUUGGAAGUCAGAUCCCCACAUCCUGCUCUCCUGGAUCAAGUCCCUCUUGGACCGGCUCUUACCUAUCAUUUGCUGACGGGGACCAACGGGUGCCCCUGUGCGAGGCCUUCCCUGGCAAUUUCACUUCGUCGGUCCUUGGACCUCUCUGAUCUCUUCUGAUGAAGAUGGCCUUGCCUGGGAACUCUGCUAGUUCCAUCAUCUAAUUAUGGGACGAGGCUGUGCCAGCAGGUCUGGGGGCAGGAGAACGGGGCUAAUCAAGCCCCCCAGGAAACACUGGAGGACUUGCCCAGCCUUUGAAGAACUCUAGCGGUUUCUGGAUCUAGCCCACUCUGGCGGUAAGCAUGAUGCGACUUCUGCCACUUCUGCUGGGACUUUUGGGGCCAGGUGGCUACUUGUUCCUUUCAGGGGAUGGUCAGGAGGUGGCCACUCUCACUGUGAAAUACCAAGUGUCAGAGGAAGUACCACCUGGCACGGUGAUAGGAAAGCUGUCUCGGGAACUGGGCCGGGAGGAGAGGCCCAGGCGAGUGGGGGCUACCUUCCAGAUCCUGCAGCUGCCUCAGGAGCUCCCCAUCCAGGUGAACCCUGAGGACGGCCUGCUGAGUACAGGGAGGCGGCUGGACCGAGAACAGCUUUGCCGGCAGCAGGAUCCCUGCCUGGUUUCCUUUGAUGUGCUUGCCACAGGGGAUUUGGCUCUAAUCCACGUGGAGAUCCAGGUGCUGGACAUCAAUGACCACCAGCCACAGUUUCCCAAAGGCGAGCAGGAGCUAGAAAUCUCUGAGAGUGCCUCCCUGCGCACCCGGAUCCCCUUGGACAGAGCUCUGGACCCAGACACUGGCCCCAAUACCCUGCACUCCUACACCCUGUCUCCCAGUGAGCACUUUGCCCUGGAUGUCAUCGUGGGACCCGAUGAAACCAAACACGCGGAACUCGUGGUGGUGAAGGAGUUGGACCGGGAAAUCCAUUCAUUUUUUGACCUGGUGUUAACUGCCUAUGACAAUGGGAAACCCCCUAAGUCGGGCACCAGCUUAGUCAAGGUCAACGUCCUGGACUCCAAUGACAAUAGCCCCGUGUUUGCUGAGAGCUCCCUGGCACUAGAAAUCCAAGAAGAUGCCGCCCCUGGUACUCUCCUCAUAAACUUGACCGCCACAGACCCUGACCAAGGCCCCAAUGGGGAGGUGGAAUUCUUCCUCAGUAAGCACGUGCCUCCAGAGGUGCUGGACACCUUCAGUGUUGAUGCCAAGACAGGCCAGGUGAUUCUGCGCCAGCCCCUAGACUAUGAGAAGAAUCCUGCCUAUGAGGUGGAUGUCCAGGCAAGGGACCUGGGUCCCAAUCCCAUCCCAGCCCAUUGCAAAAUUCUCAUCAAGGUUCUGGAUGUCAAUGACAACGUCCCAAGCAUCCACAUCACGUGGGCCUCCCAGCCAUCACUGGUGUCAGAAGCUCUUCCCAAGGACAGUUUCAUUGCUCUCAUCAUGGCAAACGACCUGGACUCGGGAAACAAUGGCCUGGUCUACUGUUGGCUGAGCCAAGAGCUGGGCCACUUCAGGCUGAAAAGGACCAAUGGCAACACAUACAUGCUGCUAACCAAUGCCACGCUGGACAGAGAGCAGUGGCCCAAAUAUACCCUCACUCUAUUGGCCCAAGACCAAGGACCCCAGCCCUUAUCAGCCAAGCAGCAGCUCAGCAUUCAGAUCAGUGAUGCCAAUGACAAUGCACCUGUGUUUGAGAAGAGCAGGUACCAGGUCUCCACUCGGGAAAACAACCUACCCUCUCUUCACCUCAUUACAGUCAAGGCCCAUGAUGCAGACUUGGGCUUUAAUGGGAAAAUCUCGUACCGCAUCCAGGAUUCCCCGGUUUCUCACUUGGUAGCUAUUGACUCAGACACUGGAGAGGUCACUGCUCAGAGGUCACUGGACUAUGAACAGAUGGCCAGCUUUGAGUUCCUGGUGAUUGCAGAGGACAGGGGGCAGCCUCAGCUUGCAUCCAGUGUCUCUGUGUGGGUCAGCCUUCUGGAUGCCAAUGAUAAUGCCCCAGAGGUGAUUCACCCCAUACUGAGUGAUGGAAAAGCUAGCCUCUCGGUGCUUGUAAAUGCCUCCACAGGUCACCUGCUGGUGCCCAUUGAGACUCCCAAUGGCUUGGGUCCAGCAGGCCCCGACACAUCACCACAGGCCACCCCUAGCUCCUGGCCAUUCCUUUUGACAACCUUUGUAGCGAGAGAUGCAGACUCGGGGGCAAAUGGAGAGCUCCUCUACAGUAUUGAGAGUGGGAACGAAGCCCACCUCUUUGUCCUCAGCUCCCACCUGGGGCAGCUUUUCAUCAACAUCACCAAUGCCAGCAGCCUCAUUGGGAGUGAGUGGGAACUGGAGAUCGUGGUGGAAGACUGUGGCAGCCCCUCCUUGCAGACCCGAGCCCUGCUAAGGGUCUUGUUUGUCACCAGUGUGGACCACUUGAGGAACUCAGCCCGUGAGCCCAGGGCCCUGAGUGCAUCCAUGCUCACAGUGAUUUGCCUGGUCGUACUGCUGGCCAUCUUCGGGUUAAUCCUGGCUCUGAUCAUGUCCAUCUGCCGGACAGAGAAGAAGGACAACAGGGCCUACAACUGUCGGGAGGCUGAGUCCACCUACCGCCAUCAGCCCAAGAGGCCCCAGAAACACAUUCAGAAGGCGGACAUCCACCUCGUGCCUAUGCUCAGGGGCCAGAUGGAUGAGCCUGGUGAAGCCGGGCAGUCCCCCAAGCAUGUGGACAAGGAAACAAUGAUGGAAGCAGGCUGGGACGCCUGCCUACAGGCCCCCUAUCACCUCACGCCGACUCUGUACAGGACCCUGCGUAACCAAGGCAACCAGGGAACGCUGGCCGAGAGCCGAGAGGUGCUACAGGACACUGUCAACCUCCUUUUUAACCAUCCCAGGCAGAGGAACGCCUCCCGCGAGAACCUGAACCUUCCUGAGCCCCAGCCUGCCACGGGCCAGCCCCGCUCGAGGCCCCUGAAGGUUACAGGCAGCCCCACAGGGAGGAUGCCCGGAGACCAGGGCAGUGAGGAGGUCCCCCUGAGCCUGUCGGCCUCGUCUGCAACCCUGAGACGGCAGAGGAAUCUCAACAGCAAAGUGGCCCCAGAGAAAGAGUCAGGGCCCCAUCAGAUCCUGCGAAGCCUGGUCCGGCUGUCUGUCGCUGCCUUUGCGGAGCGGAACCCGGUAGAGGAGCUCACUGUGGAUUCACCUCCUGUUCAGCAAAUCUCCCAGCUGCUGUCCUUGCUGCAUCAGGGCCAAUUCCAGCCCAAACCAAACCACCGGGGAAAUAAGUACUUGGCCAAGCCUGGCAGCGGCAGGAGCGCCACCCCAGACACAGAUAGCCCAGGUGCCAGAGUUGGUGGUCAGACAGAACUGGAUCAGGAGGAAGGGCCCUCGGACCCCGAAGAGGACCUCUCUGUGAAGCAGCUGCUAGAAGAAGAGCUGUCGAGCCUGCUGGACCCCAACACAGGCCUGGCCCUGGACCGGCUGAGCGUCCCGGACCCGGCCUGGAUGGCCAGGCUCUCUUUGCCCCUCGCCACCAACUACCGUGACAACGUGUCCUCCCCGGACGCUGCGGCCUCGGAGGAGCCCAGGACCUUCCAGACGUUCGGCAAGGCUCCGGGGCCCGAGCUGAGCCCGACGGGCACGCGGCUGGCCAGCACCUUCCUGUCGGAGAUGAGCUCGCUGUUGGAGAUGCUGCUGGAGCAGCGCUCAGCGGUGCCGGUGGAGGCCGCCUCCGAGGCGCUGCGGCGGCUCUCCGUCUGCGGAAGGACCCUCAGUCUAGACCUGGCCACCAGCGGGGCCUCUGGCUCUGAAGUGCCCGGGGGCCCAGGUGGAAAGAAGGGGGCCGAGGGCAGGACCAGCAGCGGUGGCAGCAGCAGCAGCAGCAGCGGCCUGUGGAUCCAGGAACCAGGGGCCCCGGGAGAUGUUAGGAAGCCCAGGCCCUGAGGAUCCUGGGACAUGAGCUGGUUUCUCUAAUCUUUGAACUCACUGACCAGAGGUGGCUGAGGCUGCCCCAUAGAGGAGGCAGGGGCCCAAGGACAAACAGCUGGAUGACCAAAGCAGCCCCUUAUUAGGGGCUGCCUUUGCCUGUGAAUUUUUUGGAGGAGGGAAACAGUUUGCCGAGAUUAAGUGUUUGCUGGCAAAACACAUGUAGCACAGAGGGUUUGUCCUCCUGCAGAACAGAUGCCAAGGAAUGUCACAAGCAGGAAAGGAUGGCCUUGAUGCGCACUGGAGUUGGGGGCUGGAUCCUGGGGCACCAGGCAGAGCUCUCGGACCUACUAAUAAAAGAAAAACAUUAUCCUAUUUGGACCUGUCAAGAGGGAGGAGGGAAGAACAAGAGUGAGGGCUCUGUCAUCCAGCCCCUGGCCAGGGUCAUGCUGGGCCUGGACAGGAGGGUGCACAGUUAGGGAGGCAAUGAUGGACAUGUGUACUCUUGAUCCCCCUCCUCUAGUGCUACAUUAUCAAAUGAUCUGCUUCUCAGCUGGAAAAUUGGGGCUAAGAAAAGCAUGAGUAUUUAUAGAGCUUUAAUGCAGCCAGGCACCUGUCUUUACAAUAGGAUUCAAUUUAAUUUCCCCACAUCCCUGGUGGGGAGGUGUAUUAUCCCCAUUUCACAGACAAGGCCAUGAGGCUUGGAGAGGCUAAGUGUCUUGCUCAAGAUCAAGCAGAGAGUAGAGGGAGAGUCACGAAUUGGAACCAGGCUUAUCUAAUACCAAACCCAUGACCUUGACUUGACACUAGACUGCCAGCCAAUGAAAGGAAAGGAAAAGCCCCCAUUGGUGAGCUUUUGCCAGGAGCGUACUUGCCUGAGAUCCCCUCAAGAAACACUGGUGGAAAGAACAUUUCCAAAGCCGUUCAGGCUUCGGCAUCUCUGCUCUUCCAAGCUCAGAGUGAGAGGGGCUUGGAUCUGACCGGAUGCAGGCUGAGCCUCUGCAGACUCCUGUCCUUUCCCAGCAAGCAGCCCUUCAGGUACAGAAGUCAUCUUUCCAGACCCACCAUUUGUGGGUAAAUUUUCCUCUGUCACAGCACUGAAUUCAGGCCCUAGAGGACAGUGUGUGAAUUGGAUCUAUGAAAUUGACACUGACAGCAGGAAACUGUCCAAGGGAAGGAUUAAAAAAAAACCAAAAAACCAGUAUGUAUUUUCCCAAGGCUCGGCCUUAUCGUUUUCCUGGAAAUUUCCAAGCAGUAAUUCAGCUUCUCUAUAGCAUGGGGGCUCUCCUGGACAAUGAAGGCAAAAAUUCCUUUC